GUAAUCGGUAGUUAUCUUGUCAUUGUCUCUCUCCAGUCUUCCCCAAUCCUCCUGAUGAUCUUAACUUUUUAGUUACGUGAUCGACGAAAGGGAAACUACACGCAUUCUUACGAAACUUCAAUCAUAGUUUUUCCAGUCAGUUGAAUUGUAGAUGAAUUUCUUCAAAUCUAUGUUAUCUGGCGACAUUGAGCCGGAAAAUAUGGAUGGUUCCGUGAAUUCCGAGACCGAUCUUCGGCAAAAUCAAUCUCCAAAGCAUGAAGGAAGUGAAAGAGCUGAAGAAACGCAUUUAAAUUUAAAUUCUUCUUCAUCUGGGGAAUUUGACAGCGGCAGCGGUGGUUUAUGGAGCUUUGGUGAUCUGGUGAAGAAUUUAACAACCAGAUCGGAAUCAGUACUUGAGACAUACCGUCGCGAUCUGAAGGAAUUCGGUUCAGGAUUGAGGAAAGAAUCCGAUUUGUUCCGUGAAGUCGCGAGUCGAGCAGUGAAGGAGCUACCAUCUUCGAUCGAGGUCGGCACAUCGGCGAUCGAUGGAGUGUUGAAGUCGACUGCGGAUAUCAUCUCACAAGGUAAGGACGCUCUUCUUGAACCUUCCGAUGUUGAUGAUUCUGAUGUCUCGGAAGCAGGACAGAAUUACAGUGAUCGUAGUGGUUUAAAUUCGAAAGUGUACAGUCGUUUCGAUUCUCAACUUAAUGCGAUUCAAAGUGAUGCUCGAACUUAUUGCAACGAUCCUGAGGAUUUAGAUGAUUAUAAUAAGUGGAAGCUAGGGUUUGUGCUGAGUGACAGGGAAAGCGAGAUUGAGAAACUGAUUGGAGAUAAUGGAUCUGUAGAAGCAAUUUACAGGAAAGUUGUUCCGAAUGAGGUUAAUGAUGGAAGCUUUUGGUGUAGGUAUUUCUAUAGAGUUCAAAAGCUUAAACAGCAGGAGGACGUGAGAGCUAAUCUGGUAAGGAGAUCUCUAACAGUCGAUGAUGAAGAAGAUUUGAGUUGGGAUGUUGAUGAAGAAGAAGAAGAAGAAGCUGUAUUGCCUGAAAUUGAAAAGAAACAGAGUUCUAAUAAUGAAUCUAUAACUGUGAGUUCCAAUGUUGCUGAAUCAGUGCAAAAUCCAGAUGAAGAUGGUGUUGAUGAAUCUAAAAAUAAAAGUUCUGAUGUUGUCAAUGAGGAUGAGGAGAAGAAGACCAUUGUUGCUGAUGUCAGCAAAAACAGUGAGGAGCCAAAACAGAGUGGUGAACAUGUGUCUGAUGAGAAAGUUAGUCAAAAUCUUAAUGCUGGUAAAUAUGAUGAUGUAACUGAGGAAGAUCUCGAGUGGGAUGAGAUUGGGGACGUUGGAGACAACGAUGAAAAGGAAAUCUUGCAAGGCAACACCCCUAAGAAAGCUGAUGUGUUUAAGCAGUUGAAUAGUAAUAGUGGUGAAAACGAUGAGGAUUUGAAUUGGGAUAUAGAAGACGAUGAUGAACCCCCUGUGAAAGCCGGUAAUAGUAAGUAGGAAGUAGUUUUUCAUCGCACCGAAGGUGUUUUGCAUUGUGAUUUGUGUGUUGUGGGUUACUAACAUCAGAUCUGUUUGUCAUUGUAUUUACGCUUUUUGUCUUGUUGUCGUUUUAAAAAGCAAUCUGUUUCUAUGCCACAUGUCAUGGUUUUGAUCCUAAAAUCUUGACUUUUAAAGACUAAUGAUAAUUCACAAUUUUUAAAUUA